UAAGAUAAUUUUACACACAUACUUUUCAGGUAACACGAUUUACAGACUUGGCAGAAUUUGCCAUUGAGGAGCAAGAUCGUAAACUUCUAAAAUCCGUCUCUACAUCGCACAUUCCGCAAUCAGUAGAUGAGAUAAAUGGUCAGGCCAGCCCCUCCAUCACUUCUGUACAGAAAAUACAGAAUAACAGUCCACCAGGAGGACACAGCACAGUUGGUCGAACUAUAUCUCAGAGUCCCAGCACCCUAACUCUUAGCCCACGGAAGUUCCCUGCUUCUCUGGGUCAAAAGGGAUUGAUGCAGAGAUUUCUGGCAACUAGAGGAAAGAUGGGGACACUCAGCUCUGGAUUCGUUACUGCAUCAAAUUCGCCCACUCCAGUGCCACUACCAGUAUCUCCUGUUACAACCAACAAACUUGCAGAUACAUCACUUGAAGAACAGCAGAAUUCACAAGACAAUGAGAAAGAGAAUGGAGAUGUUCAGCGAACAAUGUCUCGUCGAGGAUAUAUUUCAGCGGGAGAAAAAAUCCAAGUGGAACUACAAGAGAUGCAAAAACGUGAAGAAGAACUGAGACUGCAGCGUGCUCGAAUGUUUGCACGAUCUCAACCCAAUUUACUGUGCCUUGGGGAUGGUGAUGAUGAGGAGGAGCAGAACCUCACAACAGACAGAGAUGUAGAGAACCACACCCCUCUUCGCAGUGCUGUGUCAAAUCCUAAUUUGUUGGACUCAGAAACAACUCUUAAUGGUGACAGUGAAUCAUCAUUGGACAAGUCAUCCUUCAGGAACAUCCGGAAACGAAGUGCUCUGAUUGCCCAGUGGGAGAAUAUGAUUCAGCAAAACAUCGAACAUUGAGCAAGCAAGCAGUUUGAUUAGUACAUUAAUGCAGUUGAAAUGACAGCAACUUAAAGAUGAAUAUUCCACCAGAGUUAAAACUGAUUGUGUCUUAAGUGAAAUGUUAGAAAAAGGAAAUGGACAUGGCUUAUAGCUAUGUAAAAUGAUGCCUUAUUACUAAUCUGAAAUGCUUUAGAAUCAUAAAGCUGUAUUAUUUUCUGUAUGUGUUAUGCCAAAACAGAAGUACAACAUGGAAAAAAUAAGUGGAAGUGUGUCGAGCAACAAUGUUAGUGUGCUGUAACAUAUGUAUUCUGUUUUCUUAUUGAACUUACCUCAGUCUUCUAGUAUGGUGCUACGAAGUUCAACUUAUUUUUGUGUUAUGAUGAGAUAAUUAACACAAGAUAGAAGCCUUUCUUUGGAUUUGUGAAAAUUAUCACAAAGACCAAAGUACAAUUAUAUUACUUCUUGGGUAUUUUCUGGACUUUUGAUAUGCUAUGCACUUGUUACUUUGAUAGAAACCUUUGUCACUCAUUUAGAAAAUGAGAAAUGUAUGAUUUAAAAACUUAAGUUUAUAUUAAUGAGAACGAAAGUUUUCAGAGUUUUGUUAAAGUCAUGUUCCUAAGCAGGGAAUUUUAUAUGUAAAAGCAUCAAAUGCAACACUCUUAUCUGGUGCAUCUUGUUAUCAAUGAAGUUAAUUAUCAGUUUAUGUCACUCUCUAUGCCUUAUUUACAAAUGCAAGUAACAUAAGUAUUUAGACUGCAUGUGUAUUCAUCUUGCACUAGAUGCUUUCAUUCUGCCAUUACUGGAAUUUUUAUGCAUUAACCUGUUAAGUAUGUUUUCCUUAUCUUGCCAUGUCUUUCUUAAUUACUUUGGCAAAGAGAGUUAUUUACAUUCACAUCACUUUCUUUGCAUAUUGUCAAAUGUCUUAUCCACAUUCUAAAACAUCUCAUAUAAAUAAACAUCAUGUUUCCAAGAACAAAAAAAUUAAUGUAAACUUACAAAAUUGAAGAUCAAGAACAUUGCAAUGCAACAUGAAGUGAGAGAGUGAGUGAAGUUUAUUUUAUUAUUCUAUGAUAGAACACCUGGACAUAAACAUAAUAUUACAAGUGUAAAACUAAACUUUAGUGUAAUACUUCUGCAAUCUUCCUCCAAAACACAAUUUUAUAGUCUGUAUCACUGCUGAAAUUAUAAUAAAAUGGCAUUUGGAGGAUAAUUGCAUAAGAAUUUGUUAAAAAUUUGUGGUUGUGAAUGGGGAGAAUUGGUGCUUCAUUACCUUAAAAAUAAUAAAUAAAUAUAAAAGAAAGGGGCAGCAUCCAUUAUAGUUUGAAAGUCCAUUUUUCCAUGCCAGCCCCCCUAUUAAUGGCUAUAAAAAAAUAAUAUUUUGUGCCCAUUAAUUUGUUUCAAAUAAUUUGAAAAUAAUAGCAUGGCUGUAUACUCUUGCAGGAAGAGAUUCCAUGCCAUUUCUUUCCAGUCAACUUAUUAUAGGUGUGGCAUAAGAAGUCACCAGAAAUGGAUAGGCAGGUUGGGAGAAACUUUAUGCUACACUCUAUCAUGCUGGCUAUUAUACAUUCAUCGCACGGGUGACUUGAAGUGGGUCUAUGUCUAUGAGAUGGAAAUAGUAUCAUAAAACAGCAUUGUGCACAUGCGCACAGUAUGGAUCACAUACAGCCCACACCAUCUUGUGGUGUGCUCAGUAGUACAUCCAGUCUUGUUCUGUCAAGGUAGUUUAUUCUUCCCUCAGAUCCCCAGAAAGAAAUUGAGAAAAUAUCUCAGUAAGAACCAUCAGUGUGCUCAGAGUUCUGGUAACUUAUGGACCUUACAAUUUUGUUGCAGUCUAUAGAAUAUUGUGAUUAUAAUAUAGACAUUCCUUCAUAUUGAUAAAAUGAAAAUAUUUCUUUUCCUAAUUCAUUAUGUAUUAAAAAUGUGUUUACAAUAGUUUUUUCUUGCAACAGAUGUACUAAUUUCUUAUCCAGUAUAUAUAAGAUUAUAUGUUCCUUUCAGACAUAGACUGAAAUGGCUAAUAAACAAAAGCUUUACUUCAUCAAAGUAAUACAAAAUGAAAUUGUGUGUAUUGUGUUUAGUUAAUGCUGCAGUUACUAAGUAAUUGGUGUUUUUUGUUAGUUCAUAACUUUGUGAUAUAUUGGCAAAUAGAAUUAAUUUUUUUAGGUACGCAAGUGAUAAAUGUAUAUACUGCUAAAAUGGUAAUUUACAGUAGCCAUUCGGUGUACUAUAAAGGCAAACUGUAGACUUAGAAAAUUUUAAAAUUCAUUUCAUAAUACACUUUAAAGUUAGUUGGAGGCAUAUGAUUUGUUAAAAUAUUCCAAGAAGUAACUUUUAAGCCAUACUGCAGUCCUGUUGCAAAUGAUUAAGCUGAAAUUCAAUAUGUAAUAUAAAAAAAACUAAAUUUUCUGUCUUUAUCCUGUCAGUAGGUCAGCUAGUUAUAAAAACUGGUACAUGAUUAACAUUUAUUUGAAGUUCACCUUUAGCUUUUCUCCUAUUUUGAUAACGUAAUCAGAUUAAUUAGUAGUAUUACUUUACUAUGUAUUUUUUAGUUCACUGCCAGUUCCAGUUGCUGGCUAGUUACACUGAUAUUUCAAAUGUAUUAAUUAGUUACAAGUACCAGAGCAUACAUUAAUUUCUAUUCCAAGUUAGGUGAGAGGAUGUUCAAUGAAAUUACAUAAUAACAUUUGGAUGUAAAACUGUUCAUUGUAUAUGAGUGUGUUCAGCUAUGUUAAGCAAUAAGAGACCAAAUUCUUUCACUAUCAGAUAUAAUGCACUGAAAAUGUCUUUGAAAUUUAAUUUCAGUAAUACUUAUUCUCCAAUUCAAAAGUACAGAAAAUGGGAGGAAAAUAUCUAUGAAUUUAAAUAUGCAUUUUAUUAUGUUAGUCACAUCAGAAUGUCUGCCUUUUUUGCAAAUGAAAUGGUACAGAAUUGUAACCCAUUGUGGUGUGGUCUUCACACCUCAUAUGUUAGCAUGUCAAAUUCCAUACAAAAUAGUAAAUUAUUUAUAUUUAACAUCUUUCCUGGCCGUUUAGUCAAGAAUUUGGCAUGGAAAACAGCUUAAUGAUUUUUGGUAUGUAUCAAAUAUAAUACAUCAGAAUUUAUAUUUUAAUUCUCAUAAUGAUAGCAGUGAUGCACAUAUGAGUCAUGGGCACCACUGAAUAGUAUUUUGUGUGCACUGCCAAUGAUACACAUGUGUCACUAAUUGUAAUGUUACACUAUUAUAUAAUAACACAGGUAGUUUUUGUUAUUAAUAAAGAUACUUAAAUCAACAGAU